GGGAGCCCUGAAGGGCUGAGGUGGCUCGGUGGCGUAAGUGUGGCUCUGCUCUGGGUGGGCAGCCCCGUCUUUGGGCUCUGCCUGAUUGUUCGCUUAGGAGCUACUUCCCUCAUUUAUUUCGUGGGUGAUGACUAAGGAAACCUGCACUGGGUGGCCUCCCACCCCCCUGCGGGCUUCAAAUGGCCCUUACCACCUCUGGUCCAAGAACAAGGCUGUUGCUGCUUUACCACGUGAUUGACUUAGCAAACCUUCCCAGCGCCCAGCGAAUUCCCUGCUUCCAUUAAUGGGAAAAUGCAGCUGCUGGCACGGUGCCCAGAGCUAAGGAGAGGUCACUUUCUCUCCUUGUUCUGAGCCAUCUUGCAUUUUUGUUCAUGCUGUACGGAGAUGGGAAACCAGGGAGGGCAGACUCAGCCAAGAGACAUGCAGUGCCCACUUGUGACCAGAAGGGGCCCUUUGUGCUGCCUCAGGAUGUGUCCAGACCCGGUCACCUACUACACCGCUCUGCACAUUGCCACCCUGCGAAACCAGCCUGACAUGGUGGAGCUGCUGGUGCGCCAUGGGGCCGACAUUAACCGGAGGGACCGGAUCCAUGAGAGCAGCCCCCUGGACCUGGCCAGUGAGGAGCCGGAGCGCGUGCCCUGCCUGCAGCGCCUCCUGGACCUUGGAGCGGAUGUCAACGCAGCCGACAAGCAUGGGAAGACUGCUCUACUCCACGCUUUGGCUAGCAGUGACGGGGUGCAGAUCCACAAUACCGAGAACAUCCGGCUCCUACUGGAAGGAGGGGCAGACGUCAAGGCGACCACCAAAGAUGGGGAUACCGUGUUCACUUGCAUCAUCUUCCUGCUUGGUGAGACAGUGGGAGGGGACAAAGAGGAAGCCCAGAUGAUCAACCGCUUCUGCUUCCAAGUCACGCAGCUGCUGCUGGCUCACGGGGCCGACCCCAGCGAGUGCCCAGCCCACGAGUCCCUCACUCACAUCUGCCUCAAGAGCUUUAAACUGCAUUUUCCUCUCCUGCGCUUCCUAUUGGAGUCUGGAGCCGCCUACAACUGUUCCCUCCACGGUGCGUCCUGCUGGUCUGGCUUCCAAAUCGUUUUCGAGCGGCUCUGUUCCCACCCAGGCUGUGCCGAAGACGACAGCCACGUGGACCUCCUGCACAAAGCCGAGACCGUCCUGGAUCUCAUGGUGACUAACGCCCCCAAACUCCAGCUGCCUGAGAACUUUCACAUCCAUCCUGUGGGCAGCCUGGCAGAAAAGAUCCAGGCCCUUCAUUUCUCCCUAAGGCAGCUGGAGAGCUGCCCCCCACCCCUCAAGCACCUGUGUCGCGUUUACAUCAGAUUCUACCUUCAGCCAUGGCCUGUGGAUGCGAAGGUCAAAGCCCUACCUCUGCCUGACAGGCUGAAGUGGUACCUCCUCAGUGAGCACAGCGGCCCUGUCGAAGACGACAUGUAACAGCUCCCAGACUGAAGGGCACAGGGUCUGGGCGGCUCAGUCAACCUCUGGAGGAUUUAAGUACCUGCGCAGCCUGAGGGGGAACCUUCGGUUCUGCCUGUCACACAGAGCAGGUUGGAGCCGGACUUGACCUUAGUACAAAGAGCCAGGUGCAGCCCAGCAGCUGUGAUCGUUCCAGUGGGCUAAGGCGUCUUUCAGGGAGACUGCCACCCUCCUUCUCUCUGGCAGUACCCUCAAGUUCUCAGCCCACAUUGGAAAAAAAGUCAGGGUUUAGAUUUGGGAUACAUUUAUACCCUUAAUUUGAAGGGAGUGCCAGACAUUCCCAGAAGCAGGGUAGCUCCGAGUCUAGGUCCUGAGAGCUGUGGAGGCAGAGCUGCAGCCAGAAGGAAGCUGGGUGGGCCUGUGAGGGUGCCGCCCAUCUGAGGCCCUUUACUCCCACCCCCUUAUGUUCUGGGUUCUGUCACUUACAGCUUUGGAGGCUGAGAGAAAGCUGACUGACACCUACUAGCAUUGGUAGCUCUGGGGCCCCGCCCCUCCCGGGGCACAAGGCUGUGCUCUGGUGGCCGCUCUGUUUGUGCCAAACCCAGAGUCUUGGGGACCAUGCCUUCUGUUAAACAAUCAUGCAUGAUCAGGAACAGCCAUUUUCAGAGUGUUUCCUUUUGUGAGGGGCUCACCUGAUGAUGAAAGCUACCGAGACUGAAAGCCAACUGUCCCACCCAAUGCUGAACCCUCACAAAGCCGUUUCUGUCAUGUUGGUCAUUGUGAAUUGUGUAAAUGCCUCGGAAAUAAACGAAGGCCACUAAAUGACA